AUGAGGGAGGAGAAAGGAGAGAGAGAUGAAUUGUUGGAGGAAGUGGCAGUGCAGGGGAGGAGUGGUCUGCUCACAGAAGGCUUGCCACUGCAGUCCUUCCUGGAGGCCCCAGAGCGGCUGGGUGUGGCCCCGCCCCCUGGGCGCCCAGGAAAACCCAAGCAGGGGACGCUCAGGGGACGCUCAGGGGAGGCUCGAACCCCGCCCAACCCGAGAUCAACGCUUCCUGAGAAACUCGGGGUCCCCCUCCCCCAGGACGUGCACCCCGUGAUUGCGCAGCGGCCGGCACUUCCGCACCGCGGGCCCUGCGGCCCGGCCAAGGCGCGCACUCGGUGCCCUGCGCCCCGCGCUCCAGCCACCCCGGAGGCGCUCGCGCCUGGGGAGCGCUGGGGGUUCCCGAGGCGCCCGCGGGCGGAGGGUGAGGGGAAGGAAGGAGGAUUUGCAACAAUACCUCUGGGAGGAGGCAGCCGGGGCAGCGGCGGCGGCGGCGGCUGGAGGCGGAGGCAGAGGCAAAGGAGGAGGUGCCCGGGCACUCCCCUUCCCAUUGUCCCCAGCCCCGGACAGGCCCGGCCCCGCGCCCCGCACCGCGCCCCGCGCCCGGGCCCGAGCCCUGCAGCCAGCCCUUACCUUGCAGCGCCCGGCUCUCCCCUGCUCGCUAAAGCUAUUUAUCCCGGGAAAGCUCGCGCGGGCCCGGGAACGAACCCACAGACAAAAAGUGAAACUUCGGCAGGGCUGGAGCGGCUGCUGACUCAAAACAAGCUGAAUGCCAGAGUUGCAAAGACCAACUUCCAACUCGUCCACUUCACACGUGCGAAAACUGAAGCCCUCGGAAGAGAAAUGACUUGUACAGGGUCAUACACGCCACAGAUCCAGUCGCGGGACCCAGGUGCUCAGCCUCUCAGCGGUGUUCCCGGGGCCCUGACGCCCUUCCUACCCCUGAGUAGCGAAGCUGGACAGAUGUCAGCAGCAACUCAGACCACCCUGCAAAGAUAUCUCGAACUUCCGUGGCCCUGGAGUCAGUUCCUGGAAGGUUCUGAUCGACUGUGAGCCCUGAAUAGCAGUGGUGAUCAGUUGCUUCAGUGCAGCUUCCUCUGGUGCUCAAAUAAAGGAACCCCUGGACCGUAAGGUUUACUUCUCAGCCCUAUCCUAAAGCCCAAAAAGCUUACUCUGUGCUUACAGCUUCAAAAAGUUCUGCGAACUCGGUGAAUAAAUUUGGUGAGAUUUUUUGGGCCAAGAAAAAAGUGCAGAAAUAUAUAUUGCACUAUUUAUUGAGUACCUUCUUAAAGCAAGGUGCUUGAAUUCAGGCAUUCCUGGGUUCAAAUUACUUAAUCCUUUCAAUUUCUCAUCUACACAUAUGAAAAGAACGGGUGUGAAUAAAGGUAAACUUGUUCUUGAAA